GAAAAGUGAACUUAAAUUGGCCUAGCUCCCACUCAGCACCCAAUACUUCUGUGGCCACCGACCAUUGCAGACUGAUUGAAGAGAGCCAUCAACAAAAUUGUCCUCAUGUUAUUGCUUCAGCAGUGGAGCUUUUUGGGCUCCCUCCUCCUAUGCACAACAACCGCGACGAUUCCCUCAGCAGAUAUUGAUACUCUCUUAAGAGAAGGAAUGCUGGAGACGAAUGUUAAGGGCGAGCAAGACUAUAUUGUGCUUGUCGGAGGAACCGGAAGUGGCAAAAGCUCACUCUCUAAGUUUAUUCGGAAGGAUGAGUCCAUGACAGUGGUGCUAAACAAACAGUCUGAUUUUAUUCUGACUGACAAAGACGUAAAAAUAGGUAGCGAGAAAAGUCACGCGUCCAAAACUUUCUAUCCAAACAUCGACAAAGACCUUGAGAGUGGAGUGCUUAUGAUCGACUGUGCUGGUUUUGAAGACACUCGCAGCGCGACAUUAGAUUUCGUCGCUUCUUUUCUGAACAGAAGACUUCUGAACUCGGCAAGGAGGUUGAAGAUAAUCAUUGUGGAAAACUACGGCAACCUUCAGCUUAACAAUUAUCGCUCAGGUUUUUCAAAUAUCUUAAAGCAUUUGGUUCAUUUGAUAGGAAGCAACAUUGACUCGUUCCAAGGGGCUAUUGGAUUGAUCGCCACCAAAAUCGAUAGACCUAGGAAAAGUGACGCAGUUUUGUUAGAGACAUUAAGCGUAUUCAUCAGAGACACCAGAGAUUUUCUUCUAGAUGAGCAGAGCAAUGCCCUUUCAGCUGACGAUUCCAAGAAAAUAGAGGAACUCGAGCUUCAAAUUAAGCUAACUGAUUACCUGUUGGAAGGUAACUAUUUUGGACUCUUCCGUCGACCUGAAGAACUCGGUAGUCCCUGGAAAUCGGCGCCGAUGAAUCGGAAUUACAUUUUGAACAGGAAUCUUCUCUUCAAAAAGCUGAAUUUCUCUUUGCCGUUCCAAGGUGAAUUCAGCGUUGCUGUCGCUCCGACAACGGUCAUUUACAUCAAUGAGCAUCUUUUGACGGACACCACUCGCAAAGUCACCUCGCUUUAUAACGAUUUUCGAAAAGAAAUAAGCAAGAUUCUGGACUCAAAAAUGAAUGAGCAGCCGUAUGAGAAGAACUUGGACUUAAUUGUCAGUUAUUGCAAAACCAUUAUCGAACAUCUCACAAGAGUUAAGCACGUCGAAGACCUCGAGUAUUUCUUCCAGUCAAUGCCGAUUGACCGCGAUUUAUUCCAAGAUAUAAUUUUCCAAAUCUACAAAAUGCAUUUCCUUUUCGAGGUAAUCGGAAAAAGUGUUGGGCAUUUAGAAGGACAAGUUGAAAAUAUGUUUGGAGCGAAAAAUGAAAUACUGUUUCAUUUUGAACAGAGUCGCGAUUUUCACAAUUUUUGCAAAAGAUUUAUUGCCGAAUUCGAUACGUACACGGUGCAAGCAAUGGCAGGGGAAAUGAUCAUAAAUAAAGAAAGCUUUGACCUCUGGAAAAUAUCGCUAGGUAGCCGUGGCUUUAGCAAUCGCACGGCCCUCGCCGCCUCCAAUAUUAGCGCUACCGAGGAAAUUAUUAAAAAAUUGAACAGACUUGUCUCCAAUCUGUUUGGUAGAAAAACCAGCAUGAAGUUGGUGUCGGGAGUGGCCACUAUCACAGGCGAGUACUUGGUUCUCAGUCAUUUUUCUGACCAACUACAACUUAAAGACAGCAUUCAGGAAAUCGCAUUGAUAGCCACCAAAAAGGUGUUCAUAGAUUUCGAUGUUUUGGUUCUAAAUAAUCACCUGACAAUUGCGAGCCCUUCAAUUGAAAUAGUGAACGGUGAGAAAAAAAUUUACAUGAAAGGUGAGGACGGUCUCGCUCACGAACGGACAAAAGCAGCGCGAAAUUUACAUGGAGCAAAUGGAAGAAACGGUUACAGUUCAGGAAAGCUUACAAUAGCAUCACUGAACAUUGUCAAUCCUCAACUUCUCAAGAUUCAUUCUGCCGGAGGAUCUGGGAGUCGCGGCCAGGAUGGUGGAGAUGGCUUCACUCCGAUUCUUCCUACUAUCAGCGAAUUAUACGGAUUGCAAGGUCGCUGGCAAGAUAUAAGAACAAAGGUGUUAAGCGCUGGAGUGGACAAUUACGAUCUGAUGUAUUUAAAAGAUGACCAGAACAGAGUUGGAGCGUUCAUAAAGGUCUUGAAUGUUGCUCGUGGCAUUCCAACGAAUGGUGGUGAUGGUGGUGAUGGAGGCUUCAGUGCCAAAGCAGGUCCUCAGUCAUUCAUCGUUAAAAACAGGACUUCUAUUGAAUCAGUGAAAAUAAUUCGCACAGAUGGACUCGUCUCAUUAGCUGGAAAAGCAGGCGCUGCUGGUAAAGCUGUGAAUAGUCACGCCUAUAGGAAAUAUUUUUGCACAUCCAAUGAAAUACGAAUUAAUUCAAAUUUUUGGUUCAUGAUAUAUUUAGAUAAAUUUUUGAAUUUAAGAUGCUCUAUGGAAGAGCACGGGUUAUCUUCUGAUAAAACUCCCGAAGCCCGUGUUGGCAAGCAAGGAAAAAAGCAUUCUAUACUUCAUAAUGCGUACAAACAAGACCCUGAAUAUGACAUCUUCCGCCUGAUCGAUGAAUAUUGUUCCUUUGCAGUCACGACAACUAGAUCCGUUGAUGGGGAAUGCGAAUCACAUGCAUUUUUGGAGUACCUUGUAACUGACAAUGUUAUCAUCAGUAUGCUCAAUAUCGAGAUAUACACAAAAUUUCUGGAACGCCUGGAUACAUAUUUACAAGAAAGUAAUAAAAUUGGCAACGUUGAAGCAGUGUAUUUUACAUUGUAUCGCUCAUUCAAAAUGUUUAUGACAAUGUGCAGCACUUGUGACCCCUGGAGGCUGAAAGCCGUUGACUUGCUGUUCAUCAGCCGGUUGAGCUACUUGCAGACCUUUUCCAUAGGCCAUCAAAUCAUACAUUUGCCAUCUACAGCUGCGCAUUUACAAAAAAAAUUGUCUAAAGUAAAGGAAUCACUGACGGAGAUUUUAGUUUUCAAUUCUGUCGAUAAGGAGAUUCAGGAUGCUCGCAAGGAAAUCGAAAAAGCUGGCGAAAUGAUUGAAAAAAAGCACAAGAAAGAAGUGGUUGAAAUUCAAGGAGAAAUCGAUGCAAAUUUUAAAAAAUUGCUGCAAAGAAUAGAAGAUUUCCACGCCGAGUAUGAAGCCAACAUUGAAAAUCUGUAUGCUCAUAAGAAAGAAGUGAAGAAAGCCAUGAAAGUGAAAAUAUUUUGCGGCGUUUUGAAUGUGGUGGGACAGAUCGCUGGUGCGUUCUAUCCACCUGCUGCGAUUGCUGCUUCAGCCGUGAACGAAGCGGGCAAAGCUCUCUCAAAAACAAGAAAUAUGGAUCUGAAAGCUGCCGCUCCGAAUAGGCCGAUCAGUCUGAAAAAUGCUAUGAGCGUCAUAUCAAAAUAUAAAGAACAGAAAAAGCGGGAUGAACGAUUUAGACAAAAAGAACAAAUCAAAGCUUUAGAGGAGAUUAUUGAGACUGAGCAAAACGUUGGGCUAAUAAUCUUUAAUGACGAAGAACAGCGGGAAACUGUGAAAAAAAUGGUCUUCGAGUACAAAGCACACAAUGUUUCUGCUUUGCAUAAGAAUUUAAAAUUCGCCUUCGAUAAUAUUCCGGCAGUUAUUGACAUGGCCAGAAACAAACUUCAAUCAAAAAUUGAUAAAACGGAGAUGGAAAACGGCUCCAAAGAGAGAAUCGAUAAAAUGAAAAAUAUCAACAAGAACUUGAACACUGCCAAGCAGUUUGCUGUGGCUUCUGGUGCGGUAAUCGACAUGGCAAUAGCAUAUGCUAAUGAUACGGCGAACUUAAAACGGAUUGCAAAUGUAAUUGAAUCAAACAAAGAGGCGAUUCAAGAAAUGAACCGCUAUGAACAAUCGCUCAACGACCAAUUUAUGCCUAUGCUGAAUGACAUGCUCGGGACGUUUAAUGAUAUACAGUCUGGCCUGAAAGACGACGACGCAGUGAUGCUGCAGUUUCGCAAGGUAGACGUUAAGAAAUACGCCCGCAAAUUUAUAGCACUGAUCAACGAGUUCACCAAGGGUUUUGUCGACGAAAGUGACUACGGGAUCGGCAUUGCUUUUGUGCACAUGGAAGAGUACAUGUCCCUUCUGAUCGACGCCUACGAUAAGCUGAGCGAGCUUGAGUACAGAGUGCAGCUGAAGGGCUUCCUCGGGCGCAUUCACGGCGGCGAUUGCUCUCGAACCGAGCAGCCGCGACAGUGCACGGACCAUCAAGCUUUGGCAGCCGAGCUCGAAGCUAACGAAGUGUUCCGAAAGUUCCUGUACAUCUUCACUGCCUACCAACAAUCGGUGUUUCCGUUCGGCGGAUCCAAAACCGGCAUUCUUCAGUACGCCGUUACCCAGCUGAAGAAAACACCCAACCUGUUACUCGAGGAGAAAGCCAAGAUUCUUCAGGACGCUCUGCAACUGAUCAUCGACGACCUGAACGAGAUGCAGGACACGAUUUCGAACGCAAAUGACAAGAGCGUGGUGCUGGCCGAGUUCAACUCCAAGUACACCUCGAGCAGGCCCUUCUUUACGUGGCCAAACUCCAAGUUCUCGGCUCAAAUCGGGCAGCUGCUGAGGGGCGAGCAAGUGACCCUGGUCGCGUCCGUCCUAGGGCCUGGGGUGAAGAACGCGGCCAAAUUCAAGACGCUGCUGCUCAACGUGACGUCGGCUGACCCCGCGGUGACCCGCGCCGUCCACGAGCUGCUGACCCACUUCCAGAUCGAGAUGGUGCACCUGGGCGAGAGUCACUACCGGUGCGGCGACACGUACUACGUCAUCGGCAGCGACCCCCUCAACAUCAGGAUCUGCUACGAGAACACGGAACGCGGCGCCUCCGUCUGCCGCAACACCGUUUUCGAAAAGGUGGCCUACGGCGACGUGCCCUUGAGUCCCUACACCGUCUGGAAGUUCCAGCUGCUGCACCGCUCCAACACGCAGAAACGCCAACUGCUCGUUGAACUGCAGAAAUUCGCCAAUUCCGUCGAUCUGGAGUUGGUCGGCGCAGGAUUCUUUGUCGAAGACGACGCAGCCAUUUGCGAAAUGGACCUGGGCCAAUACUACCAAUAUUUCAGCGCAGCAUAAUAUAAAAAAUAAUGUUUUAUUUUAAUUCUGAUUAAUUUCUCCCUAAUAAAAUAUGAAAUAAAAUUGCGUCGCAUAUUCGUAAACGAAAAUAUAGAUUUGUUCUUUAUAAUAAAAUACCUAAAAUUUUAGUGAUUAUGUCACACGAGUGCCGGAAAUUGAUUAGCCGAAACAAAAUCUUGCUUGAGAAUUUGAAAUUUCUUAAUUAUACAAUUUAAGAAGUAGAAAUUGAUAAUUUUAAUGUAUAAAAAAUACCAAUCAUACUCAAAAUAAUAAACACACUUAUGAUAUAAAUAAAAUAUUGAAAACGAAUGCCCAAAAUUAAUUAAAAUUAAAACCAGGCAUAAAAACGACGCAUAAAAAAAUGACUCUUUUUAAGGAGACACCUG